AUGACGGAAGCUAAAGGUUCGUAUUCAACGCUUGUCAUUAACUGCGUCUUAAACUCUUUCCUAUCUUCGACCGCCAUUCUGUUGAUCAUCAUAACGAUACAGGCGCUCAGAAAAACGCCGUCGUUGUCGAAACCUUUAAAAACAUUGCUCCUGAGUCUGGCUGUUUCUGAUCUGUGUGUUGGCUUUCUGGUUCAACCCACUUAUAUCGCAGUUCUCAUAAUGAAAAUAGAACAAAACGCUGACAACGGGGCUUAUUAUACAAUAUAUGACGCAUUCUGCAUCCAGAGCUAUUUAUUUAGUUUUGCAUCGUUUUUUGGUAUUGUUGCGUUAACUGCUGAUAGAUUCUUGGCAAGCCAUCUUCAUCUCAGAUACCAGGAACUUGUGACUCACAAGCGUGUUGUUGCUGUAGUUAGUUCAGUCUGGGUUUUAAGUACCUUAAUUGCCUUGCUUGCUCUGCAAUGGAUAAGGAUCCUCGCCUAUAUCUUAGCAGCCAUUCAUAUUGUGUGUUACAUAACUACAGGCCUUUUUUAUUGCAAGAUAUACGCUGUCAUUCGGCACCACGCAAACCACACUCUGCAACAAUCAGCACAGAAUGAAGACGUGGCGAAUGUUGCAAGGCUGAGAAAAACUGCAGUUGUUACAUUUUACGUGUAUUUGGUGUUUUUAGUUUGCUAUUUGCCAAUAUUUUGUACUGGUGUUGCAAGAAUCCAUGGUGAAACUCCCUUGUUAUCACUUUUAUCAGAGUUUAGUUAUACCUUUGCGUAUCUGAAUUCAUCUCUCAAUCCGCUGAUCUACUGUUGGAAGAUGAGAAAAAUACGUCAAACUGCCAAGAACAUACUAGAAGGCAUCUUUCCCUGUGGUACCUGA